AUGGCCGAACCCCAAAACAAAGAGCUGCAAGCUGAGAUCAAGCGCACUAAUGAAGAGAUGCGGUUGUUUCAGACUGAAAUCCUUGAGCGUAUGGAACGAUUAGAAGCUGGUAACACAUCAAAGUUUAAUGAUAUCCAUGCAGCGCUUGACAUCCUCAUUCAGCAGACACCGUCGAAGCAUCGCCAUGGUGCAGAACUCAACAACAGGCCUCCGUUUCAGCCAAAAGAGAAAGAGAUUCUAGAAGCAGAAUAUGAGUCAGCAAAACAGAGGGAGGGCCCACAAAAUACACACGGAAAGGAAGUGGCUAACAAUAACGCGGAAAUAUCGGACAUACGCACAGGAGCAAGGCCACGCAAACCGCACAGCAUGUGGAGGGACUACGUGAAGGAAUGA